GGUGAAGAAGCGGUUGCUCAUCUCGUGGAGACCCCCCCGAACGACGGGGAUGCCCAGGAGCUCCCGAAAGAGGGUGAAAAUGGAGCCGAGGGAGCAGCAGCUGCAGAGGAGCUGGCUGCGACAAGGGACACGGGGGACAGCGGUGCCCCCCCGGGGUGUCUGCGGCUGGACCAGGACAUGCCACGCUUGGACCACGGGGACGGUGGAGCAGACACUGUCCCGAAGCCCUCGGCUGCCUCGAUGGACAGGCAGAAGAGCACCGAGCUCUCGGUCCUUGACAGCUUCCCCCUGAAGCACUCGAACACGCUGACGAACAGGCAGCGAGGCAACGAGGUCUCGGCCCUCCCAGCCACGCUGGACACGUUGUCCAUCCACCAGCUUGCUGCCCAAGGAGAGCUCAGCCAGCUGAAAGAGCACCUUCAGAAAGGCGAGAAUUUGGUAAAUAAACCUGAUGAGAGAGGUUUCACGCCGCUGAUCUGGGCUGCAGCCUUCGGAGAGAUCGAAACGGUCCGUCACCUGCUGGAAUGGGGCGCUGACCCCCACGCGCUGGCGAAGGAGCGGGAGAGCGCCCUGUCCCUGGCCAGCACGGGUGGCUACACCGACAUCGUCAUCAUGCUGCUGGAGAGGAACGUCGACAUCAACAUCUACGACUGGAACGGCGGCACUCCUCUGCUCUACGCCGUGCGCGGCAAUCACGUCAAGUGCGUCGAGGCCCUACUAGCUCGCGGCGCUGACCUGACAACGGAGGCAGAUUCUGGUUACACCCCGAUGGAUCUGGCCGUGGCCCUGGGACACAAGAAAGAGCUGUCUCUGUGA